AUGAAUUGCACUUACCAUAUUCAAAAUUAAGUAUCAUUAAUAUGUACAGCUCCCCACAAAUGUUAAUGUUAAAGGAAACUGUGCGCUGAAUGCCAAUACUAGCAUAAAGUGGAUUUUAAAUAUACAAUUCCAAUUAAAAUAUUUCGAGAAAUGGCUAUCAAGAAAUUAUCAGAAUCACUACUUGAUCAGACAUCUGAAUUAACCAAAUAGAGAAUGUAUUUUAAAUAAGUACUAUCACAAACCGAAGGAAUGAUGAAAAAAAUUUGGGAAGAGUUCGCAGAAUCAAUAAAAUUAAUAUAUGAUUUGAUCGAACAGAAAAAUAAAUCUUACUUUGAUCUUUUGAAAGAAAACCAGAAUCUAUCGGAAUCCUCCUAUUCUGAUUUAGAAAAAUUAGUAUAAAUUGUAGAAGGAAAAACAUUAAAUGAUUGGACUGUUUAGCAGAAUUCUUACUUGAUCGAGUUGGAUAAGGCAAAGAGAUGGUGGUACUAAGAAGUUAUGACUUUUAUUGAAAAGUAGAAUGAAGGAAUGAAAAAAAAUUUAUCAUUAAUUAAGUAAGAGAUAAAAUUUAUACUAGGAUUAAUCCUUAUCCAAAAGAAGGCCAAGUUUAUUAAAGAAAAGAAGAUCUUUAUGAAAUUUUAGCCGGCAUACAGGAUAUUGAUGGAUCAAUUUUCAAUAUGAUUAUUGAAAUAAUGAGAAAAGAGAAAAUUUCAGAUCUCCUUGAAUUUCUUUCAAAGACAGACAAUUUAAAGUUUCACCAAUCAAAGAUUAAUAAUUAAGAUAAAAUAUUUGAUAUUACGAAUAAUUUGAGAAAUAUUUAGGAUCAUCAUUUUAGUAAAAAUGACUAUUCCCAGGAAAUUUAACAAGAGGAAAGAUAAGCUUUAACAAACAGGAUAGCAUAGAAUAGAGGGAUUAUUGAAUUUUUAAAAUUUUUAGUUCACCUUACAGCUUUCGAUUCAAAAUUUAUUUAAAGUGGAUCCAAUGCACUCAAUUUAUUAGUAGGUAUGAAGGUUGAUCUUUCAAGCUAAUGCUUUGAAAAUAUCAGAAUCAAAAAUACUUCUUUAAUAGGAGCUAAUUUAGUCAGAUGUAAUUUGAGUGGAUCUGAAUUUGAUAANACCAAAACCAAUCUUAAACAAACCCAUUAAUAUCACUUGAAAUUUAAAUGA